GGGGACCGUUUUUCCGGGUGUCAGGAGGCUGAAGCCGGGUCCCUUCCAGGAGACCAGACUCGCAGCCCGGGGCUCCCGGGGCGGCUCGAGGGGCUGAGCCAGCGCGGUCUGCGUCUGUGAUUUCUUGGCCCCUCCUGCUGCCUCCAGAGUUUCAGUUCUGAGAUGACGGUGGGAAUCUGAGCCCCAGAGGGAAGAUCCCAGCUAGAGUGAUCUUGCUUCUGAGCCCCCAUUAGCUGGAUUGGGAAGUGAAGGUGUUGGAGCCCUUCCUAUACAAAAAGGAAUCCCCCCAGGAGACAGUGCCUACCCUGAAAUCUGAGUGCAGGCCUGAGACCACUUUGUGAGGAGAAGGCCCUGGCACUUCCUGGGGGCCAGCGAAGGACUCCUGCUCAUCCUGCCUGGGCAGGGAGGACUCAGCAAGGACAGGACCAUGGACAACUUGGCCCUUGUGCUUGGGGAGAGAGACAGGAGGACUGAGCAUGGAAUGUCUUCUCGAUUCCUCCCAGCCAGGUUUCAGGAAACGGUGACUUUCAAGGAUGUGGCUGUGGACUUCACCUGGGAGGAGUGGAGAUACCUGGAGCCUACCCAGAGGGCGCUGUAUAGGGACGUGAUGUUGGAGACCUAUGAGAACCUCAUGUCCCUGGGGCUUCCUGUUUCCAAACUGGAUGUGAUGUCCCUGUUAGAGAGAAACAUACAAUGGAUGCCAGAGGGAGAAGUUUCCAGAGGCUCUCAUACAGGUAAGAACCUUUCUAAGUACAAGCUGAAGAAGCACUUCAGUUACCAUUCAGAUCUAAUUAAAUUUUAUAGAAUACAUGCUGGAGAAAAGUUACAUGAACACAAUGAAUGUGGAAAACUGUUUGGGAGAAGAUCAAAUGUUAUUGAACAUCAAAAAAUCCAUAUUGGAGAGAAACUCAAGUGUAAUAACUAUGGGAAAACCUUUAGCAGCAGGGGGAGCUUGAUUAAAGAGAAGAAAAUUGAGACUAGAAAAAAAUCCUUUGAAUGUGAUGAAUGUGGGAUACGCUUCAGCUGGAGGUCAAACCUAAUUAGACAUCAGAGAACUCAUACUAGAGUGAAACCCUUUGAAUGUAAUGAAUGUGGAAAAACUUUCAGUGAGAGGGCAUCUGUUACUAGACAUCAAAGAACUCAUACUGGAGAGAAACCCUUUGAAUGUAUUGAAUGUGGGAAAUUUUUCAGCAGGAGGGAACAACUCAUUACUCAUGAGAGAACUCAUACUGGAGUGAAACCCUUUCUCUGUAAUAUAUGUGGGAAAGCCUUCAGAGAGAGCCAAGUACUCAAAGGCCAUCAGAGAACUCAUACUGGGGAGAAACCAUUUGAAUGUAAUCAAUGUGGGAAGGCUUUCAGUUGGAAAGGGCAUCUUACUAUGCAUAAGAGGACUCAUACUGGAGAGAAACCCUUUCAGUGUAAUGAAUGUGGGAGAUCCUUCUGUCAGAGGGGGUCCUUUAAUAGACAUCAGAGAACUCAUACUGGAGAGAAGCCCUUUGAAUGUAAUGAAUGUGGAAAAGCCUUCAGUUUGAAAAGUGUGCUCAAAAUCCAUCAGAAAACUCACACAGCAGUUAAACCCUUUGAAUGUAAUGUAUGUGGGAAUGCCUUCAGUGACAGAAGUGUUCUCAAAAGCCAUCAGAAAACACAUUCUAGAGUGAAACCUUUUGAAUGUAAUGCCUGCGGGAUAGGCUUCCGGUGGAGAUCAAGCCUUGUUAUACAUCAGCGAACUCAUACUGGAGAGAAACCUUUUGUAUGUCAUGAAUGUGGGAAAUGCUUUAGUCGGAAGGAAAACUUUAUUAGACAUCAGAAAAUACAUACUGGAGUGAAACCUUUUGAAUGUAACGAAUGUCAAAAAAGUUUCAGUGAGAGCAUAAACAUCACACAUCAUAGAACUCAUACUGGAGAAAGACCCCUUGAAUGUAAUGAAUGUGGGAAAGGCUUUAGCCGGAAGGGAAACCUCAUUAGACAUCAGAAAAUUCAUACUGGAGUGAAGCCCUUUGAAUGUAAUGAAUGUGGGAAAACCUUCAGUGACAGUGCAUCCAUUAAUAGACAUCAAAGAACUCAUACUGGAGAAAAACCUUUUGUAUGUAAUAAAUGUGGGAAAUGCUUUAGUCGGAAGGAAUACCUUAUUAGGCAUCAGAGAAUACAUACUGGAGUGAAACCUUUUGAAUGUAAUGAAUAUGGGAAAAAUUUCAGUGAGAACAUACCCAUCACAUAUCGUAAAACUCAUGCUGGAGAAAGUCCUUUUGAAUGUAAUGAAUGUGGGAAAGGCUUUAGCCGGAAGGGAAACCUUAUUAGACAUCAGAGAAUACAUACUGGAGUGAAACCUUUUGAAUGUAAUGAAUGUGGGAAAAGUUUCAGUGAGAGCAUACCCAUCACACAUCAUAGAACUCAUACUGGAGAAAAACCCUUUAUAUGUAAUGAAUGUGGGAAAGGCUUUAGCCAGAAAGGAAACCUUAUUAGACAUCAGAAAAUUCAUACUGGAGAGAAACCCUUUGAAUGUAAUGAAUGUGAGAAAGUCUUCAGCCGGAGGGAACAACUUAUCGCCCAUGAGAGAAUUCAUACUGGACUGAAACCCUUUCUGUGUAAUGUAUGUGGGAAAGCCUUCAGUGAGAGCCAAGGGCUCAAAAGGCAUCAGAGAGCUCAUGCUGGAGAGAAACAAUUUGACUGUAAUCAAUGUGGGAAAGCCAUCAGUUCAAGCAGUGUUCUCAAAAGCCACCAGAGAAUUCAUACUGGUGAGAAACCUUUUGAAUGCAGUGAAUGUGGAAAGGUGUAAUGCCGAUGCAAUUGGCACAGCCACAGCAGCUGCUAUGAAUAUGCAGACGUAUUUCCAGGUAGAUUGGCAAAAUAUAAUAAACUCUUUUCCUCCAAGACAAAACCAAAAUAUUCAGAUACCAGAAAGCAAAAUCGACCAUGGUAACAAAAAAGUUUGUACAUGUCACCAAUCCAGGGAGUACUGACAUCUCUUUAAGUUAAGCCUCCCCACAAACAAGUUCUCCCAGGAAAAUUCCUCCCUCUCUCACACUAACUUCUAUCCCUCAGCUCUACCUCACUCUCACUUCCUGCUUCUUCCUGUUGAGCAAGCUCCUCCCACAAUGGGCUCCACGUGACUUAGGCUCCAUGUGACACAGGAUGUAACGCAGCUGUCAGCUGGGCCAGAGCUCAAAGCAGGUCAUAAAGGCUGCUUAAUGGAUGGGAAAGAUCUUUCUAUUCCAUUAACAUUACAGAGGGCCUUCAGUUCAAGUAAUGGACUCAAAAACCAUCAGAGAACUCAUACAGGAGAGAAACCUUUUGAAUGCAAUGAAUGUGGGGGAGCCUUCAGUUCAACUAAUAUUCUCAAAAACUGUCAGAGAAGUUAUUCAUACAAGAGUGAAACAUUUGAAUGUAGUCAAAAGUGAAGGCCUUUACUGAUGAUAUUCUUAAAGCUCACCAGAGAACUCAGCACUGGAAAGAAACCCAUUGAAUUUAAUGAACAUAGCAAAGGAUUCAAGUGGAGGACAAACCUAAUUAGGAAUCAGUGAACGCAUAUGGAAAGGAACCUUUUGUAAUAAAUGUGGGAAACACUUCAUUGAGAGCAGACACACUAUAUCAGAAUUCAUUGUUGAAAGAUUAAUAUGGGAAAGGCUUCAGCUGAAGUGAAAAUCUUAUUAGAUAAACAUCAAAGGACAUGCUAUAAAGAGAAAUCCUUUGAAUGCAGGGAAUACUUUAGUACCAGGAGAACAAUUUAUAUAACAGCUAUUAAACUGUGAAAGAAAAUUACCUCUAACAAUUUCAGAAAUCAAUGUGGUGAUCAUUCAUCACUAUAGAAGCAAAAUGUUGAAGCAUUCUGCCCACCCCUUGGUACAAAAAUGAUGGACCUACUGCAGGGGUUUGGGCACAGCAGGGUUUGUUGCCUAUUUUGUUGUGGCCUAAAACCUGAGAAUAGUUUUUACAUUAUAAAAUAAAAUUUCAUUGUAUUUUAAAAUAUAUAAACUAUCCUUAACUAGAUCUGUACAAAAGCAGCUGGUGGGCCUUUCAAGGGCCAAAAUUUGCUGACCCCCUGGACUAAAAGUUCAGAAGUUUUCAGAUAUGAGUGAUGUUAAUUUAUUUUACUUAAUUAUAUUUGUUAAAAGAGACCCCUUACCUUGCAUGAGAAAUGUUGUGGAGGAGGGUAUAGGUGGAUACUGUUACAAAAAAAGGAAAGAAAAGUGUCUAAAACAAUUAAAAGUACACAGAAUUAAGCAUAAUGUAUUCUGACAAGGAUAGAUUUGUUACUGUUCUGUUAAAUUUAAUAUUCACUUAAAGUGUACAUAAUAGUUUACAUACUCAUGUAAAUUCUUUUUCCUUUG